GAGGAAGUUAAGUUAUUAGGAUGAGUGCAUGUCAAAAGUAUUACAACAAAAUUGCACCUAUAUAUGCGAUUUCAAAAGAAAAAUGAAAGCUAUCAUCGUCGUUGUCUGUAUCACUGUUGCAGUUCUUCAAUCUUUAGAAGGAGUUGUUGUAGCAAAAGACAAUCACAAAGCAAAAGAUAAUGCGGAUAAUUCGAUAGGCAACAUGAAAGCUAGAUUUCGCAAUAUUGUUACUGAUGAUGAGAAACCUGAAGAGAAUGACCAAAGUUCAUCGAAGUUAGGUUCAAGGGACACGACAGGUGUCCGGAUACUCUAUCCGUUUCGGAUAAUUCUUUCGACUCUUGGUGAAGUUUCCAACGCCCUUUCGACACUUGUACACACUCUUGUAACUGUGUUUGAUUAUUGUCUGAGGAUUCCUGCUACAGUUGUGAAAGUACUGCUUUGUGGUUUUAUUGACGCGACACUGUACCUCCUGCUGGAUAUCAUUCUGAAGGUAGUUGUGAAUCGCGGUCUUAUAAUUAUCAUCUGGAUUCCAUACGAGAUUUUCGAUUUUAUGCUUAACACCAUGCCUUUGGAAGAUAUAAUUACUAAAUACGUUUCGAUAGCAUAUUUUAUUCUUCGUGAAGUUGUUUUAAAGAUUACAAUUGUGUGUUAUUGGUUAUCGGUUUUCAUAGUUAUCACGUCCUUAACUUGUUACAUUUUGUACCAAGCAAGAAUUAUAACUGUGCAGCAGCUGCCAACUGGUCGACAAGCUAUCAGUACCAUUCUUCGAACAAUGACGUUCCACAAUCUAAAGCUAUGGAUGAAAGACAUCACGACCAUGCAAUAUACAUUUAUAAUUCUUUUAACAUCAUUUAUAUCGUUCCAUUCGUUUUAUACAUUCAUCCCUGCGUGCAACUACAUUUUGAGAAAUCUUGUCUUGAAAACUGUACCCGUUAUUUAUUGGGUAUUGGUUGUGAUUGUGACGAGCUACAUGCUUUGUAAGAUGUGUGUACUACUAUACAAGCAAAAGCACUUUGUCUUAAACCCAGUGUCUUUACGUCUCAGUUCUUUAUGGAAUUUUGUUUGUACAAACAAGGCCAUGACGUGGAUUUUGCACAGAGUAUUUGACCGGCCUGUUUGUCACGUUGUUUACAAUGCCAUACAUGCAUGUUUCAAAUCUGUAGUUGGACAUAAGUCCAUACGUAGAACAUUGUCUAUGGUACAGCAAAAUUUUCUUUCCAUCAGAAGUAAUUUUCUGUACAUUUCCAUGAAAUGAAAGUUUUUGUUCCAUGGUUUCCAGCAAUCGAGGACAGAAUUAAUUCGUUAGCCCUUGAAAAUGCUCGACGUACGUCCACGAGAAGGACAGAUAAUACUUCUGAUUCAUUUGAAGGCAUAAGGAAAGAAAACGUUGCUAUACAUAAAAGAUAUGAUAAAGAAAAGAUAGAAGUGUUACAUUCUAGGAAUCGUCCUAGAAUAAUAGAUAGUAACAAUAUUAGCAAAAAGAAAACGCCUUUUGAAGCAGGUAAUUGGUUCACAAAGGACAGCUGCAUGUUUGAAACAAAGUCAGACUUAAAAGAUGAAAAUACUAAAGGCGAAGAAAAGAGUUUUGACAAUGUCACUGAUGCUGAUGAUGACGGUGUGGAAGAAUUUCAAGACACACAAGAAACAUUUAAAGUAGUUGACACUGAAGAGGUACCGUUUGGAAAUAUCCAAAUUAUAAUGAGCAGUUUAGAUACUGAUUUUGACAAGGCAAAGCCAGCUGAUAGAAAAUUCAUGGGUAAUGUGUACAUACAUGACGAAGUCGAAGAUAAACCAAUCUGGGAUGUUAAAGACAUCAGAGAAUAAAACUGUUUUGUAAAACAAACUGUUUAGUGACACUGUAUUCUGACAUUCUCUCAACUUUCAUACCUAUCUGGCUUAAGAACCAGGAACAUUUCUGGAAUCCGAAAACGUACUUGUCUUACACUAUCCAUUGAUUAUAAUGCGGACGAUUACAAAUAAACUUGAAAUACACACCAAUCCAGCGAGCAGGUAUUUACUGCACAAGUGUAACCUCAUUGUCAUUUCUGUGAUUAUGAAAUGUGUGCACGGAGGGGCUUAGCAUUUGAAUGUUUGGGGUUGACUGGAAAAAGAAAUGAUUUUCGCUUUCUAAGAAAGUCAGAUUUUUUUUCAGAACUUGAUUUUUUUCCACAGUAAACCAUAUUUUCCAAAUAGUUAUGCUGUUAUACUAUUGUUUAUUCAAUAAAAUUUGUAAAAGGUCCUUUUUACAGGCACUAAUAGGCACUAUAAAGAUACACGUUCUGUAUUAAGUAAUUUGUUUAAGAACACAUUAAAUAACUAUGCAAGUUUCUUAAAUUUUUAUAUAAGGAGCAGUUUAGUUCCCAAUUCUGAGCACAGUCAAAAUAGUUAAAUGUGUGCUAUAAAUGUCCAUGUACGAGUAUAUGAAUUAUUUGAUUGAUACCUAAAAGAUAAAUGAGCCAAAAUGCUCUGAGGUCUGAAUUAAAUAAAUGCAUGCCAUUGUUUAGGUCAGUGCAUUGGGUGAAUCAAAUAGAAUGUACAGAGUGUUAUACAUA